AUGCAGAACCAGAGGACCACAGGCUCCCUGGUGGAAGAGCUCAUGUACAAGAACAGCUUUGACUGCUUCAAGAAGGUGGUGCGCUAUGAAGGCUUCUUCGGUCUCUAUAGAGGUCAGUACCAGAUGAGAUGUGUCCAAAAUGGCACCCUAUUCCCUAUAUAGUACUCUGCUUUUGACCAGAGUAGUGCACUAUAUAGGGAUAUAGUGACAGGCUAAUGGGUAGAGAGAGACACAGAUUUAGGAUCAGUUUACCCUCUCAACCAUAAAUUGGAAAAACACAAAUCUGACCAUAGAUUAGCGUCUAGCUGUGACUUCAUGUCACUCCAUCACAACAACAGAUGGGGUUUAGAGGUUUGGCAGAGGAGAGGGGGAGAGGAGAGAGGAGGAGGAGGAGAGGAGGGCAGGUUUGAGUUCACCUUCCCUGUGACCUGGCUUCUUUGAAGUGAUUACAGGUAGUCUCUGGAGUUUCGGGAGGACAAUGCACGUCACACGCAAAGGCCAGAUACCAGCAGAGCUCUGUCACAAUGGUAGUGUGUGACUGCCCCUUCCAGACUUCAACUGGCAUUCAUAUAAUAAGUACCUGCACUCAGGGAGCGGGGGGUAGAGGGAGAGGGAGGGAGGUUCUCAAACACACACUAUAUUGGGGGGCGGCUUUUGGAAUUCUCAGGAUUAUGAUUGACAGGCGAGUUCUCCCUUGAGGGUUCUAUGAGGAAGUGGGAAGUCUUAGUGUCUGUCAGAGGACACCAAGCCAUUAGAGAGGUCUCUGACAUUACAGACCUGGCUCCGUCGCACGGGUACAGACAUCAGAUGUGCGUUCCAAAUGGCACCCUAUUCCCUUUAUAGUGCACUACUUUCGACCAGGACCCAUAGGGCUCUGGUCAAAAGUAGUGCACUAUGAAUAGGGGGCCAUUUGGGAAGCAUACCAUGUGACAAAAAACAUCAAACGGUGCAGAUCAAUUUGAACGGCUGUCUGGAGUCUGGACUUUGAAAGAGAAAUUCAAAGAGAAACUUUCUUAUAGUUUCUUGAAUCUCACCCAUUUUAUUCACAAUUCCCUCAUUAACAUUGAUCUACUGUGUAAUAAUGCUGGUUAUGUUAUAUUAGCCACUGAGGAGAGUGUCAUAAGCCAACUUUAUCUAAUGUAAUGAAGCUGAGCAUUUUCCAUUAGAAUGGUGAGACAGCCAGACCAGACCAGAACACACACACACACACACACAAACACACAAAGACACUGCAAACACUAGGAUGAUGUGAUGGUCUCUACAUUUACAUUUACAUUUUAGUCAUUUAGCAGAUGCUCUUAUCCAGAGCGACUUACAGUUAUCUAGACGGGAACCCUUGCUAAUGCAGCAUGAGAAAACAAUAAGCAUCUCUUAACUACAACUGUGAACUGCUAUGGGCCAUUUAAUACAAAAAUGGCUUGUGUGUGGUUCUCUGCCUGAGCCCUUCCACAAACACAACUAACACUCCUGUUUCUGUUUGUGUGUCCCAGCCCAGCUGAAGCUAAUCAUAUGUUUGUGCUCCUGUGUCUGUCUAUGUGUGGCCUGUUUUGGGCCCUGCGUUCACAACCCCCCUUCACCCCCUCCACUAUUAAGUUUGUUUGUUACUUUAGGGAUGGGGGAGGGAGGAAGGUGGGGGGUAGUAAGAGGGGUGGGGGGUCCAUCCAUCGCACUCUAAUCAGAUUCUUUUGUUUAUUUUUAUCCGCCUGGAAGUCUUUGGGUUGUAAGAAGUCUUUGCGUUGUAAUUGAGGGCUGUGUAAACUUUGGUUAGUGUUUUAUGUAUUUUCUUCUAUUCUGGGAAGGAGCUACUAGUCGAUGUUUCUUUCACUUUGUUAGUCUGUUAAGACCCUGAUGUCCCCACACCACAUCAGUAGUGUUCAUUAGUGUCUGGGGAUCAGGCAGAAUUGGAUUCAGCAGGGUAUGUGUUUAAUGUGGAGGGGGACUGUGCUGUGUGCUGUGCUGUGUGUGUACACUUGCCUGUGUGUGUUCUACUUCCUUGGCCCUUCUCUUUUCUAAUCAUGUUGUGUCCUAAUGACAGGUCUGGUACCACAGCUACUGGGUGUGGCCCCGGAGAAAGCCAUAAAGCUGACAGUAAGUGCCUUGUUUUCGCCACAUGGAGACCAGUCAGGCCCCAGUCACCACGGAGCCCCUCACUGGGCCCUAGUUUAACAUUUACCUCGAGUUUUAGUUUAAUGUACAGUACAGAUUUUAUGUGCACACUCACACACUCUCACACGCACACACUCACACACACACAUGCAGGCACACACAUACAAACUCACACACACACACACCACCCCACCACCUCAAUGUACUCCAUCUGUUUGGUUUCAAUCAGACCUCAUGAUGAAACGUUAAAGUACUUCUACUCUACUGUGUGUGGUACAGUGAAAUAUUACUGUUACUCCAAUCACAUUACUAGUGGCCCUUUAAGCUUAGUUGAACAAUAUCCUCUCCCUCUGUAUUGUGUGUGUGUGUGUGUGUGUGUGUGUGUGUGUGUGUGUGUGUGUGUGUGUGUGUGUGUGUGUGUGUGUGUGUGUGUGUGUGUGUGUGUGUGUCUGACUGUCUCUCUCUCUGUGUGUGUCUAAUGUUUAGUGUUCUCACCACAGGUCAAUGACUUUAUCAGAGGGAAGACCAGACAGAAGGAUGGAUCAAUCCCUGUACCUGCUGAGAUCCUGGCUGGUGCAUGUGUGAGUAUCAUCUAAUUAAUCAACCUCCAUCCACAUAGAAGCUAACUAGACAGGCACGUUUUACCUGUUGCAGGUUUGGGCCCACUGGAGGAUGACAGUCACGUCUUGCACCACCAAGUGACCUGAGAUCAGGUGUUUUUAAGCUCGACGACACAAAGACGGAGACAGACAGGGCUGCUACCUGAGAGACUGCCCCCCUCCCCCACCUCGACCCCACUACCCCAACCCCGUGUUUGAUCAGUGAGCUGUCACACACUCUGACCCACCCCCCCACCCCAUCCCUUUAGUUCUACCUGACCCUAUAGCGUCACCCCCCCACCAACCAAUGAAUAGAGGCCUUUCACCAGGGAGCUGUUUGAUGCUGAUCACUAAAGCAGAAUAUUUGGGGUACACAAGUCAUUAUGUUUACCCACAUACUUGCCAUGUGCACGCAAGCGAAUACAACUCAAUUAUGGCUAUGAAUGAAUGUUUUGAGGAGGUUUCAAUGGAGAGAUUUUGAAAUGAGAGACGUCAGUAUGGAAAUUGUGUCGCAAAUAAAACAUGUAGAGUGGAAUGUUGAAGAUAGAAAGGCCAGCUUAUUCUUUAUCUUGAGUGUCGGAAAAAAGGUCAAUCUGUACUCUGUACAUGCUGUACGUUCAGGCUAGAGUAGAGGGAGGUAGUGUAUGUGGAGUGGAAUGAGGAUGGAUGGAUUUUUCCUAUUUUUCUCUGUGAGCUGUUCUGACAGCUCCUUUCAUCCUGUCUCAGCUUCUGGUGUUAGUGCUGUUAUCACUCACACACACACCCCAGCUCACACACACACCCCAGCGCACACACACACACACACACACACACACACACACACACACACACACGCAUGCGUACAGAGACACACACAUGGGCGCGGGCACACACACAGAGACAUACACAGACAGACACAUACCUAUCCGCACACACACAGACACACACACACAGACACAUAUACACACACAGAGAGACAUACACACACACACACACACAGACACACAGACACACAUACACACACAGAGAGACAUACACACACACAGACACACAUACACACACAGCGAGACAUACACACACACAGACACAUAUACACACACAGAGAGACAUACACACACAUACAGAUACACACACACACACACACCUACACUCACACACACACCCUGUUUAGUGGACUUCAGCCACAUCACAUGAAGUCUGUUUAUAUGAUUAGGAAACUGUGAAAGUAUUGGUUUGGACUCCGGCGACAGUCCCAGACCAGUAGUCUGACAGGCGACAGUCCCAGACCGGUAGUCUGACAGGCGACAGUCCCAGACCGGUAGUCUGACAGGCGACAGUCCCAGACCAGUAGUUUGACAGGCGACAGUCCCAGACCAGUAGUCUGACAGGUGACAGUCCCAGACCAGUAGUCUGACAGGUGACAGUCCCAGACCGGUAGUCUGACAGGUGACAGUCCCAGACCAGUAGUCUGACAGGUGACAGUCCCAGACAGGUAGCCUGACAGGUGACAGUCCCAGACCGGUAGUCUGACAGGUGACAGUCCCAGACCAGUAGUCUGACAGGCGACAGUCCCAGACAGGUAGCCUGACAGGCGACAGUCCCAGACCGGUAGUCUGACAGGUGACAGUCCCAGACCGGUAGUCUGACAGGUGACAGUCCCAGACCAGUAGUCUGACAGGUGACAGUCCCAGACAGGUAGCCUGACAGGCGACAGUCCCAGACCAGUACUCUGACAGGUGACAGACCCAGACCAGUAGUCUGACAGGCGACAGACCCAGACCAGUAGUCUGACAGGCGACAGUCCCAGACCGGUAGUCUGACAGGCGACAGUCCCAGACCAGUAGUUUGACAGGCGACAGUCCCAGACCAGUAGUCUGACAGGUGACAGUCCCAGACCGGUAGUCUGACAGGCGACAGUCCCAGACCGGUAGUCUGACAGGCGACAGUCCCAGACCAGUAGUCUGACAGGUGACAGACCCAGACCAGUAGUCUGACAGGCGACAGACCCAGACCGGUAGUCUGACAGGCGACAGUCCCAGACCGGUAGUCUGACAGGUGACAGUCCCAGACCAGUAGUCUGACAGGCGACAUACCCAGACCGGUAGUCUGACAGGUGACAGUCCCAGACCGGUAGUCUGACAGGUGACAGUCCCAGACCAGUAGCCUGACAGGCGACAGUCCCAGACCGGUAGCCUGACAGGCAACAGUCCCAGACCGGUAGUCUGACAGGUGACAGUCCCAGACCAGUAGUCUGACAGGUGACAGUCCCAGACAGGUAGCCUGACAGGCGACAGUCCCAGACCGGUAGUCUGACAGGUGACAGUCCCAGACCAGUAGUCUGACAGGUGACAGUCCCAGACAGGUAGCCUGACAGGCGACAGUCCCAGACCGGUAGUCUGACAGGUGACAGUCCCAGACCGGUAGUCUGACAGGUGACAGUCCCAGACCAGUAGUCUGACAGGUGACAGUCCCAGACCAGUACUCUGACAGGUGACAGUCCCAGACCAGUAGUCUGACAGGCGACAGUCCCAGACGAGUACUCUGACAGGUGACAGUCCCAGACCAGUAGUCUGACAGGCGACAGACCCAGACCGGUAGUCUGACAGGUGACAGUCCCAGACCGGUAGUCUGACAGGUGAUAGACCCAGGCCAGUAGCCUGACAGGCAACAGUCCCAGACCGGUAGUCUGACAGGUGACAGUCCCAGAGCGGUAGUUUGACAGGCGACAGUGCCAGACCGGUAGUCUGACAGGCGACAGUCCCAGACCGGUAGUCUGACAGGCGACAGUUCCAGACUGGUAGUCUGACAGGCGACAGUCCCAAACCGGUAGCCUGACAGGCGACAGUCCCAGACCAGUAGUCUGUAAAUAACGUUUUUUACAAAUAUCUUACUGUUAAAUAGGACUGGUGAGGAUCUAGUCAUAAUCGGGGCCGAGCGGGCGCGAAAGCGCUCUGGGGAAGGGGAGGGAGAGGAGAGGAGCGAGGCGCGGAGCGGUGAGGCGAGAGAGGAGCGGAGCCUCUUCUCCUCUCUUCUCUUCUCCUCUCAGAAGGAUAGGAGCCUCUCUCUCCUCUCCUCUCUUCUCGGGCGGGCUUCUCUCUCGACUUUUCUGAGACGGGGCAGCGGGAGGCGCCUUGCGAGGAGCAGCGAGGCGCAGUCGGGGUCUCGAGGCGAGGAGCGGAGCUGGCCAAGGAGGGCGUGGAGUCGGGGGGUGCCGAGGAUAUGAGCGAGAGCCUCGGUAUCGGCGGGAAGAAGUAGAGAAGCGCGCGACAAAGGAAUCCUAAAACCCGCUCGGAGCUGGCGUGAGGGGUUGGGGCGGAGAGCCGGGCCGUGCUACUCGGGCGGAGGCCUGAACGAGGGCGUGGCCCGUACCUCUGCGCGGCUUCGGACCUCUUCCACACUAUGAUGGCUCCUCUCAACACGUUGAUGGGUCGCUCUGAGCUGGCGACCCGCUGCGACCGUCCCACAUCGCAACUUUGCCGUGGGCCCUAGCGCUCCGCUCCGCAGCGGGCACGGUCUGGCCGCCAGCGCCGCUACUGCCCCAGGUUCUCUCCGUCGAUGCGCGCGCGGCGAGGACCACGGAGGCAGCGCCCAGGCGGGGCAGGGGCAACCACGAACGGGAAGCGACCGCCCACCACGGCCUGCGCGGCGCCGAGGUAACACGCCAGUCACAGGAGUCACCUUACCAUAGUCAUCCACCCAGAUCCUCUCUUCCCGAGCCUCACCGUCCUAGCCCUCUCGCAGGAUCUAUCAACCCUCAUGUCAUCUCCCCUCCCUACGUCACGCCUCUCUCGAACAUGUCCCCCAUUCCUCUCCCCCUCUCUUCUCCUCUUUCCCCACUCAUGUCAUCUCCCCUCCCCACGUCCCUCUCUUCUCCUAUUUCCCCUCCUUCCUCUCUCCCCUUCUCUUCUCCUCUUUCCCCACUCAUGUCAUCUCCCCUCCCUACUCCCCUCCCUGUAGCCUCAGAAUAGAAUUAAGCUCAGUGAGGGUUGCCAGUUCUUAAUGAUUAUUUGGUAAGAACGGCAUGCUGCGUUGACUGAGAUGCUGCUGGCUGGCUGGAUGCCUAUCAGGCGGUCACUGGCCCUCAUUUGAGGUCUUGGUUACUCAAAAUACACACUCGGCCAAUGUCAAGAGCACAGAAAGCAACAGGAGGAAGAGAGAGAGCGAGAGAGAGAGAAGGAGGGAGGGAAUACAGUGUUGCUUUGUUAGUUUUCACUGUAGCAAUUAUUCAGUGUAAAUCGCUUCAAUUAGAUUGUUAAGCCUUUGUAAUGAUUUGUUAUUCGGCUCCGUUUCGAGGGCUAAAAACAUUUAUCACAACGUUUAACACCCACAUGAGAACAUAAACACACACACACACAUAAAUGCAUGCAAGCUUGUUUAAUCGCCAUUUGAGCAUUCUCUUGGCACCUAUGAAAGUGUGAGUGGUUAUUAAUGGAGGGUGGCUAAUGUUUGCUAACUUGCACUAAGCUAUUGUAUGCCUUUGAAAAGUAAAAUGUUAGCUGUUAUCCCCUGGGUGUGUGUGUGUUUGUGUGUGUGUGUAUGUGUGUUGGUAUGUGUGUGUGCGUAUACAUGGCCACGUGAUGUGUGUGUGUGGAGUUGCUGACGUGAGAGUGCAGUCAGCUCUGCGGUCUAGGCCCCUCAUCUCUCUGCAACACACACACUGUGUCUGUAGUGCUGGAGCGUGUCUGAGGUGCUGACUCUCAAAACUCCUAAGGGGAUCACCUUGCCUUGUAAUUACCUGGGAAUUAUCAGCGCGCCACCGACUGUGUCACUCUGUAAUCAAAUCUCUCUCUCUCUCUCUCUCUGUCUCUCUCAUUCUGUCUCUCUCACUCUCUCGCCCUCUUUGUCUGUCUCUCUCUACCCCUUUCUCUCUCUUUCCCUAUCUAUCUCUCUCUCCAUCUCUCUCCCUUUCUCUUCUCCCCCCUCUCCAUCGCUCUCCUUUCGCCCCCCUCUCCAUCUCCUCUCCCCUUGCCCACCUCCCCCCCCUCCAUCUCUCUCUCUUUCUUGCCACCCCCCUCUUCUCCAUCUCUCUCCCUUUCUCCCCCCCUCUCCAUCUCUCUCCCUUUCUCCCCCCCCCUCCAUCUCUCUCCCUUUCUCCCCCCCUCGCUCCAUCUCGUCUACCCUUUCUCUUCCCCCCCCUCCCCCUGAACAGACGUGUUCUGUUUCUCGUGUCUGAACAGUCCCUAAUAGUGGUGGUGGUUUCUCUAACCUGUCUUGUUGUUUGCUGUCCUUAACAUAAAAGAAUCCCCCAAUUAGUGUCCAAUUGAUGUGAGCUGAAGUGGACCUAAUUCCAGUUCAUCAUCUCCGUGUCCAACGGACCCGUAAUAAAUGCAUUGCUAUUAGAGGGCCGCUGUAAUCAACUAUGAAAGAUCAUUUUCCACAGGAAGAAAUAGUUAUAACGUUGUAGCGGUGAGACGUUAGAAUUAAGAAUCGGCCUCCUGCUAUUCACUGCCCUCAUUAAGGGCUGGAAGGGAAGUGUGGGUCGGUUCUGCUCCACUCUAAUUAGAGUUCUGGAAGGGAAGUGUGGGUCGGUUCUGCUCCACUCUAUUUAAAGUUCUGGAAGGGAAGUGUGGGUUGGUUCUGCUCCACUCUAUUUAAAGUUAUGGAUGGGAAGUGUGGGUCGGUUCUGCUCCACUCUAUUUAAAGUUCUGGAAGGGAAGUGUGGGUCGGUUCUGCUCCACUCUAUUUAAAGUUCUGGAUGGGAAGUGUGGGUCGGUUCUGCUCCACUCUAUUUAAAGUUCUGGAUGGGAAGUGUGGGUCGGUUCUGCUCCACUCUAUUUAAAAGUUCUGGAUGGGAAGUGUGGGUCGGUUCUGCUCCACUCUAUUUAAAGUCCUAAUACCUUCAAUGAGACGAUUAUGAUCUCUCCCUCGAAAUAUGGGAACGCUUACUUACGAAUUCGAGGGCGGCUGUUAAAAAAUGCACAUGGUUGCAGAUUCAGAUUGAGAGAGAGAGAGAGACAGAGAGAGUUCCAGAAUGGUUGCCGCCUUCCCGGCUAACUAUGUCCCGGCUCUCCCUCUCCGUGCCGAGACGCAGUUAGCUAUAAACACAGUUUUAAACGCCGCCGCCUCCGCACUGCACCCCCAGCUCUAGAUACCAUAGCUGUAGCCUGAAAGCUCUCUGAGAGGAACCUGUCUGAGAGGAACCUGUCUGGGCCUGUGGCUGGGUGUUUGAUCUCCAGCACCAAGUACAAGGUUGGAGCGUUGUUAGGACAGAACCCCUCAGGCAGGGUAGAACUGAAUAAGGAUUGUUUAGAGACUAGAGACAGACCUGGGAGCCUGUCUACAGUGAACAUAUAUUACUGACAGAUCUAGGAGCCUGUCUACAGUAAACACCUUUUACUGCUGGUGUAGCCUAUUUGAACUGUCCUGUGAGGUCCCUAUAAGGGCACCAUCAGUGUACACUGAUGGGUACACUCCGUUACCUAGCUACAGUGGUCACUUACAGCCCAUUGUGUUACAGUUUUAUUACAAAAAUAUUCCCCUUGUGCUGCUGAUAAUUCAGGUUUCAUAAAACACUUCUCUAGUGCUGUAAAUCCUUUCCCCACUCUCUGUCUGUCUGUGUGUGUGUGUGUGUGUGUGUGUGUGUGUGUGUGUGUGUGUGUGUGUGUGUGUGUGUGUGUGUGUGUGUGUGUGUGUGUGUGUGUGUGUGUGUGUGUGUGUGUGUGUGUGUGUGUGUGUGUGUGUGUGUGUGUGUGUGUCCGUCCAGGCGGGUGGUUCUCAGGUGAUCUUCACCAACCCUCUGGAGAUCGUGAAGAUCCGUCUGCAGGUGGCUGGAGAGAUCACCACCGGCCCCCGCGUCAGCGCCAUAUCUGUCAUCAAGGACCUGGGCUUCUUUGGCCUCUACAAGGUAGGUCCUCCUGUACACCUAGCACUGGAUUCAAAGACAGGGACAACUAGGACAUAGCUGUACUUAACCCCUCAGCUACAAUAGCAACUGAAUCAGGUAGAGAUUGCUAGUGAGGGCCUAUGAGGUGGACCGUAGGGCCCCCCAGGGCCAGGUAGCAGGGAGCAUGGCUGAGAUUGAGAUAUAAACAAUGUGAGGUAACUGUGUAACAAUGGCCAUGGUAAUAAUGGAAUGAAUACCAGUGACUCAGGUAGGUAGAGGGGCUCUGAGUUUUGUUUUCAAGGGAAUGUUGGAUGGUGAUUUGAGCUCUGGCAGGUGUUACCUUUAGGCUUUAUUUUAGAACUACGGUGAGUCACUCUCGUUAUGGAGAGGUUGGUUUUUAAAAGGGCACCGAUGAUGAUCAGUGUCGUUGAUUCCUGAAGCCUUUUAAAGAGUUCUAGCUCACAUUAAAGCUGUGGGCGUUAACACUUGUUUGGGUUUCAUUUAAAUGAAAUCUCCAAGUUCCUUUAUCUAUAGCUUACAGAUACUACCCCUUUCUCUUUUUGUAGCAAAGUUUCAGUUCUAUUUCUUCCCAGGUUUGUCCCAUGUUAGUCGUUUGUGUUCGUCAAUCAGUGUGUGUGUCUGUGUGUGAGUGAGAGUGCUGAACCUGAUGCCUCCACUUGUAUGUGUUUGUCUGUGUCUGUCUGUGUGUAUGUAUGUAUGUGUGUGUGUGUAUGUGUCUGUCUGUGUGUAUGUAUGUAUGUGUGUGUGUGUAUGUGUCUGUCUGUGUGUGUGUAUGUAUGUAUGUGUGUGUGUGUAUGUGUCUGUGUGUGUGUGCGCGUCUACAGUAUGUCUGCUCCGUCGUAUGUAUGAGAAUGCUGAAUCCAGUAUGACGGUAGUGGUGCCUCCCCUGUCUCUCUCUGUGUCUCCUGUCCUCCUGCUGAGACAAUGUGCAUUGAGAGAGAAGCAGGAGGGCCCGGGAAGGCCCAGACAGGCUCCAGCCUGUGAGUCCCAGACGGGCUGGCUCCUCAAGGCUGUGCCCAGGCACAGAGCACCCUUUGUCAGGCUAAUUACCCUGCCCCUCAGCCUCUCUCUCUGCCUCUCCCUGCUACCUACCUCCGCUCCACUGCUGGAGGGGCUGGCUGACUGACUGACUGACUGACUGGCUGGCUGGCUGGCUGACUGGCUGACUGGCUGAUGCGCUAGUGCCACCACUGCUCACAGUGAGAACUCCAACUAUGAUCCUAUCACAUGUAUGGUAUUGCUGUAUGUGCAGUGCAGUAUUUAUCAAGACAAACCUAUUCACUCAUAUAAACACAUACAUUCUGAAGUUUACAUACACCUUAGCCAAAUACAUUUAAACUCAGUUUUUCACAAUUCCUGACAUUUAAUCUUAGUAAAAAUUCCCUGUUUUAGGUCAGUUAGGAUCACCACUUUAUUUUAAGAAUGGGAAAUGUCAGAAUAAUAGUAGAGAGAAUGAUUUAUUUCAGCUUUUAUUUCUUUCAUCACAUUCCCAGUGGGUCAGAAGUUUACGUACACUCAAUUAGUAUUUGGUAGCAUUGCCUUUAAAUUGUUUAACUUGGGUCAAACAUUUCGGGUAGCCUUCCACAAGCUUCCCACAAUAAGUUGGGUGAAUUUUGGCCCAUUCCUCCUGACAGAGCUGGUGUAACUGAGUCAGGUUUGUAGGCCUCCUUGCUCGCACACGCUUUUUCAGUUCUGCCCACACAUUUUCUAUAGGAUUGAGGUCAGGGCUUUGUGAUGGCCACUCCAAUACCUUGACUUUGUUGUGCUUAAGCCAUUUUGCCACAACUUUGGAAGUAUGCUUGGCUUACCUGGUUAAAUAAAGGUGAAAUAAAAUAAAAAUAAAUACAUUUGUCCAUUUGGAAGACCCAUUUGCGACCAAGCUUUAACUUCCUGACUGAUGUCUUGAGAUGUUGCUUCAAUAUAUCCACAUAAUUUUCCUUCCUCAUGAUGCCAUCUAUUUUGUGAAGUGCACCAGUCCCUCCUGCAGCAAAGCACCCCCACAGCAUGAUGCUGCAACCCCCGUGCUUCACGGUUGGGAUGGUGUUCUUCGGCUUGCAAGCGACCCCGUUUUUCCUCCAAACAUAACGAUGGUCAUUAUGGCCAAACAGUUCUAUUUUAGUUUCAUCAGACCAGAGGACAUUUCUCCAAAAAGUACGAUCUUUGUCCCCAUGUGCAGUUGCAAACCGUAGUCUGGCUUUUUAUGGCGGUUUUGGAGCCGUGGCUUCUUCCUUGCUGAGCGGCCAUUCAGGUUAUGUCGAUAUAGGACUCGUUUUACUGUGGAUAUAGAUACUUUUGUACCUAUUUCCUCCAGCAUCUUCACAAGGUCCUUUGCUGUUGGUCUGGGAUUGAUUUGCACUUUUCGCACCAAAGUACGUUCAUCUCUAGGAGACAGAACGCGUCUCCUUCCUGAGCGGUAUGACAGCUGCGUGGUCCCAUGGUGUUUAUACUUGCGUACUAUUGUUUGUACAGAUGAACGUGGUACCUUCAGGCGUUUGGAAAUUGCUCCGAAGGAUGAACCAGACUUGUGGAGGUCUACAAUUGUUUUUCUGAGGUCUUGGCUGAUUUCUUUAGAUUUUCCCAUGAUGUCAAGCAAAGAGGCAAUGAGUUUGAAGGUAGGCCUUGAAAUACAUCUAGAGGUACACCUCCAAUUGACUCAAAUGAUGUCAAUUAGCCUAUCAGAAUCUUCUAAAGCCAUGACAUAAUUUUCUGGAAUUUUCCAAGCUGUUUAAAGGCACAGUCAACUUAGUGUAUGUAAACUUCUGACCCACUGGAAUUGUGAAAGUGAAAUAAUCUGUCUGUAAACAAAUGUUGGAAAAAUUACUUGUGUCAUGCACAAAGUAGAUGUCCUAACCGACUUGCCAAAACUAUAGUUAGUUAACAAGAAAUGUGUGGAGUGGUUGAAAAACAAGUUUUAAUGACUCCAACCUAAGUGUAUGUAAACUUCCGACUUCAACUGUACUUGUGUGUACUCCAGUGCUCAUACACACACACAUUGGGAUAGACACACAUACUCACAAUCAAUCAUACUGUAUGCACCAUGCACAAUCCCUCAUUCAUAGUAGAAUCAUAGUAGAAUCACAGUAGAAUCACAGUAGAAUCAUAGUAGAAUCACAGUAGAAUCACAAUGGAAUCACAGUAGAAUCACAGUAGAAUCACAGUAGAAUCAUAGUAGUAGAAUUCAAUCCCAGCCUCUCCAGCACCAGCCCCAGCCUCAUCAGGUACAAGGUUGAGCUUGAGUCUCUACUAGGCCUGUCUUUGUGAGAAUGUAAACCAGGGCUUUGGCGAUACUAUCUGCAGCUUUUCAGCAUGCAGUCUGGUAUGGCGGCCCUGGCGGGGAGGGGAGGGGAGGGGAGGGCAGGCAGGGGAGAAAGAAGCAAAGCGCUUGAGGAAAGAAGAGAUACCCAUACAGUAAGGUAUCUGUGUACGCUGUGUAUGAGUGGUAGGAUUAAACCCGGCAGUUAAAUGAAGCCUGUUUUAAGGAGAACUUCUCCUGGUCUGCGUCCGAAAUGGCACCCUAUUCCCUGUAUAGUGCACUACUUUUGACCAGGGCCCAAAAGGGAACCCUUAGGGCUCUGGUCAAAAAUAGUGUACUAUAUAGGGAAUAGGGUGCCAUUUGGGAUGCAGCCCUGGCUUUAAACUGCUCUGUUGAAGGGAAAGCCUUCCUUUUCUCUUCCCCAACCUCACCUGGAUGGCAGCCAAGGUGGGGAAUAAGAUGAAACGUGAUCUGGUUGAAGAUAUGGCUUUUUUUACAGUGAUGGACAGAGGCAAUCUUCCUCCUCUUCCCGGAGCACUGAAAGAUUUGGGCGGAAGCUGAGACUCUCAGCUCGAGAGCGAAUCGAGGAGGAGAGAAGAGAGAUAGAGCGAGAGAAUCGAGAUCCUCUCUCUCCUCCGUAUCUCUAUCUAUCUCUCUCUCUCUCUCUCUCUCUCUUCCUCUACUCUCUCUAUCUCUCUCUCUCUCCCCCCCUCUCUCUCCCUCUCUCUAUCUCUCUCUCUCGUCUCACAUAUAGGAACUGGCUGCCAGAUGGAGAUGAGAAGUGAGGAGAGGUGAUGAGUUGUAGUGUAGGGCCUAGAGUUUUCCCUGGCCAGGUCGUGUGGUCAGGGUACACUGCUGGGCCUAGCAAUAUGUAAGAUACCAGCUUUUCAAAUACAGAGGGACAGGAACAGAAACCAGUCUUAGACAUUUUGGGGUUAGAUUUUUCAGAAGUAAAACAGUAACAUCUUUCCAUUCAUUUUCCAAAUCAUGGAUGUCUAAAGGAAAAAGGGUUACAGUACUGUAUAUGAGACCUCCUCAGUGAAAGUUUGUGUCUCUUACGAAACUUCUUCGUGUCUCUCUCUCCCUCCCCUCCUUUUAUUCCCCUUGUCUCUUCCUCGGUUUCACCCCCUCCUUUUCUCUCUCUUUUUUACUGUCUCCAUCCCUCCCUCCCUUCUUGUCUCUCUCUCUCUCUGUUUUGACCCAUCCUUGUCUGUUGCCUCCCUCCUUGUUUCUCUGUCCUCCUCAUCUCUCACCCCCCCCUCCCCCCUCACCCAUCGGUCUCUUCUAUCUCUCUUCACCAUCCACAGGGAGCCAAAGCUUGUUUCCUGCGAGACAUCCCCUUCUCAGCCAUCUACUUCCCCUGCUAUGCUCACGUGAAGGCCUACAUGAGUGAUGAGGAUGGGAGGGUCGGACCGGGCAAGCUGCUGUUUUCAGGGGCCAUAGCAGGUAAGAUACCAUGCAACACUGUGACUCAGACCCAGGGUCUUACACUCUAAGAACCUUAAAGUAUUCUUCUGUUGUCCCCAUAGGAGAACGCUUUGAAUAACUGUUUUUAGUUGCAGGUAGAACUCUUUAGAAACGGUUUUACCUGGAACCAAAAAGGAGUUUCCUAUGGGGACAGACAACGAACACUUUUGGAACCCUUUUUUCUAAGAGCAAUUUAUUAUCUCCCUAGUCUGUCUCUCUCUCUCUCUCUAUCUCUCUCUCUCUCUCUCUCUCUCUCUCUCUCUAUCUCUCUCUCAGCCUAUAUGAUAGAGAAACUGUAUACAUUAUACACACAUCCAACCAUAUUGGUCAUUGACGAUCAGAAGAUGACGAUUCAGAUGAAAAAACAAUACUGUUAAAAUGUUGUCACUAGCACAAGCUUAAUAAGGAACCAUUCUUGGGGAAGCAGAAAACCAAGCGUGAGCAUUCCUGGUGGGUGGUGAGCCACCACAUGGGCCCAGACCCAAGACCCCGGCUCCAUCCCUCUAACCUCCUUCCCUCCCAGCCUCUGCCUCCACACCUCCCAGCCUCUAUCCCGCUAUCCUUCCCCCUCCCCAUCCCUCCUUUCCUCCAUUCCCCAGCCUCCACCCCUUUCUUUCCCCUAUCCAUCCCUCCCGCCUUCCAUCCCUCCAUUCCCCGUCCCUCUAUCCCUCUAUCCCUCCCUCCUUCCAUCCCUCCAUUCCCCGUCCCUCUAUCCCUCCCUCCCUCCUUCCAUCCCUCCAUUCCCCGUCCCUCUAUCCCUCCCAGCCUCCAGGCCUAAGGCCCCAGUAGUCACCGGUGACCACAGGCUCCAUCGUGGUCGUCCCUAAUUAGAGUGCUCAGCGAUUGGCUGGAGGCUGGGGUUUGGAGCUAAGCACUGAGGGAGUAGACAGAGCCCAGAGAGAGACCAACCGCCUGCCUGCCAACAGGGUUUCAAUAGGAUGGGAGACUUUCCACUGCUAACAUAUAGGAACUGGCAACCUGAGCUCUGUCCCAAAUGGCACCCUAUUCCCUAUAUAGUGCACUACUUUUGACCAUAGCCCAUAGGGUCCAUAGUCACUCUCUAUGGGCCCAUAAGGCUUUGGUCAAAAGUAGUGCACUAUAUAGGGAAUAGGGUGCCAGUUGAGAGGCAGCCUGUGUGUUAGGAGUGUUAAGAGUGAGGAGCUGAGGGAGGGGAGGGUGAGGAGCUGAGGGAGGGGAGGGUGGGGAGCUGGGUCGACAAUAAACAGAUCUCACAAUACUGGCAAGCCGGAGGAAAGACAUCCAACAGUUUUGAUCCACAGUCUUCCAGGUCUCUUUCUCCUCCUACGUGAAAAUAUGAUCUGGAGCGAGUCUGUAGGUUUAAUAUUUUUACUUGAGUGGGUUUAUCUUAAAGAAAACAGCGUAUAAGAAGGCGAGUGCAGAAGCCAAGCCAGGGUGGUUUGGAACGUCACAAGAAAAGGGUUAAUAUUUAUUUUGAAUCCUGAGGGAUAUGUCGGUCAGUUCUGUAGUUCUGCUCUUCAGUGUGGAGUGAGCGGCGAUCAUGGCGCUACAUGGAAAAGUCAUAUAAAUCUAAAAAAGCAUUCCUACUCCCAAUCUCCCCCUUCGUCUUAUUUUGAUAAUUCCCUCGACCGGGUCCGGGAGCUAUGGUUUAGAAGCCUGAAAUGCAGUUUAUGAUUUUGCAUUUGCUCAUAGCAUUUAUCACUCUUUUCUACAUUUAUCAGCGGUUAAGCCUUUUUGGCAAUUAGCGCUUCACAGUCGGCGCAGGAAAUUGAAUUACACACUCAGUUUGGGCGGGAUUAUUUGCCAAGCAGACCCCCUGAUCCCAGAACACACUGCAGAGCUGGUCAUCUCCCAGUUCCUCCUCCUCCUUCCUCUCUCUCUCUCUCUUUUAGUUUCUCUUACGCUCUCUCUAUGGCUGUAGAGGAAUAGGCUUUCUGAGGUAGCUUUGAGAGGGAGAUUUAAGACUGUGUUCCUGUGUUUUGAGUCCCCUUAGCACUUUGAAUGUGCUGUGAAGCCAGUUGAGUUCUCCUCUCCUCUCCCUCCUCUCCUCUCCCUUUCUCUCCCCUCCCCUCCUCUCCUUCCCCUUCCUAUCCUCUCCACUCCUCUCCCCUCCUCUCCUCUCCUCCCCCCCCUCUCCUCUCCUCUCCCCUCCUUUCCUCUCAUCUCCUGUCCUCUCAUAUGAAGGAUAUCAGUGCAGGUGGUCUUUCCAGUUCUGUCACAGUUGCAGUGAGUUGAUCAGUGGUUGAAUUGAAUGGCUCGUCUAGGUUGAAGACGUGUAGCUAGAAGUCUGUGUGACUAGCUGGUGAAGAGGCCGGUGAUGGUAAUGACUGUGCGUGGUGGUCGAAAGCAGCCAUUGAUGAUUGAGGCCAUUCAUAGCUGAAGUGGCUGGAGAGGGCUGCCCGCAUGGGGCCCCCAGUCACCAGUCACUGGCACGUGGGAUGCCUUUGUGUGUCCAUCUCAUUACCUCGUAUUGUCUGCCUCUUGAGGGAGAAAACCAUGAACAUUACAUAGUAGCUCCAAUGCAGUUUUCAAAUUUAUUUUUCUGAUCGUACACAACUUUCUGUGGGAAGGAUCAAGAGAGUAGUUCUACAUAUCACUCACUGGUCCUCAUUCAGAUGACCAAAGGCUCAAAUUAAAGUAGGAUUUGAUGAUGUUUUGAAAUAAGUACAAACGUAGACAAGAGGAGUUAGAUAAAAAUCUCAUCGAGAGUUCAACUUUGUUUAUUCGUCAUAUACUCAUGAUAUACAUGGAGGACACAGUGCAAUGGGUUCAAGUAUAACCUUUGUAUAACCCAACAGCAGAAACGUAUACAGACAGAUUGAGCAGAAAUAGUGAUGCAGGACAACAGAACCACUACAUUCACAGACACUACCAACUCUGAUGCAAGAUAACAGAACCACUACAUUCACAGACAGUACUAACACUGAUGCAGGAUAACAGAACCACUACAUUCACAGACAGUACCAACACUGAUGCAGGAUAACAGAACCACUACAUUCACAGACAGUACUAACACUGAUGUAGGAUAACAGAACCACUACAUUCACAGACAGUACUAACACUGAUGCCGGGUAACAGAACCACUACAUUCACAAACAAUAUGGAGACUGAUGCAGGAUAACAGAACCACUACAUUCACAGAGAGUACAAACACUGAUGCAGGGUAACAGAACCACUACAUUCACAGACAGUACUAAUACUAAUGCAGGAUAAUGGAACCACUACAUUCACAGACAAUAUGGAGACUGAUGCAGGAUAACAGAACCACUACAUUUACAGACAGUACCAACACUGAUGCCAGAUAACAGAACCACACAUUCACAGACAGUACUAACACUGAUGCAGGAUAACAGAACCACUAAAUUCACAGACAGUACAAACACUGAUGCAGGAUAACAUACCACUACAUUCACAGACAGUACCAACACUGAUGCAGGAUAACAGAACCACUACAUUCACAGACAGUACCAACACUGAUGCAGGAUAACAGAACCACUACAUUCACAGACAGUACCAACACUGAUGCUGGAUAACAGAACCACUACAUUCACAGACAGUACUAACACUGAUGUAGGAUAACAGAACCACUACAUUCACAGACAGUACUAACACUGAUGCCGGGUAACAGAACCACUACAUUCACAAACAAUAUGGAGACUGAUGCAGGAUAACAGAACCACUACAUUCACAGAGAGUACAAACACUGAUGCAGGGUAACAGAACCACUACAUUCACAGACAGUACUAAUACUAAUGCAGGAUAAUGGAACCACUACAUUCACAGACAAUAUGGAGACUGAUGCAGGAUAACAGAACCACUACAUUUACAGACAGUACCAACACUGAUGCCAGAUAACAGAACGACACAUUCACAGACAGUACCAACACUGAUGCAGGAUAACAGAACCACUACAUUCACAGACAAUAUGGAGACUGAUGCCGGAUGACAUAACCACUACAUUCACAGACAAUAUGGAGACUGAUGCCGGAUGACAUAACCACUACAUUCACAGACAGUACCAACACUGAUGCCGGAUAACAGAACCACACAUUCACAGACAGUACCAACAUUGAUGCAGGAUAACAGAACUACUACAUUCACAGACAGUACUAACACUGAUGCAGAAUAAUGGAACCACUACAUUCACAGACAGUACUAACACUGAUGCCGGAUGACAUAACCACUACAUUCACAGACAGUACUAACACUGAUGCAGGAUAACAUAACCACUACAUUCACAGACAGUACUAACAAUGAUGCAGGAUAACAGAACCAUUACGUUCACAGACUAUACGGAGACUAAUGCAGGAUAAUGGAACCACUACAUUCACAGACAGUACCAACACUGAUGCAGGAUAACAUAACCACUAUAUUCACAGACAGUACCAACACUGAUUUAGGAUAACAGAACGACUACAUUCACAGACAGUACCAACAGUGAUGCCGGAUGACAGAACCACACAUUCACAGACAGUACCAACACUGAUGCCGGAUAACAUAACCACACAUUCACAGACAGUACUAACACUGAUGCCGGAUAACAUAACCACACAUUCACAGACAGUACCAACAGUGAUGCCGGAUAACAGAACCACACAUUCACAGACAGUACCAACACUGAUGCCGGAUAACAUAACCACACAUUCACAGACAGUACUAACACUGAUGCCGGAUAACAUAACCACACAUUCACAGACAGUACCAACACUGAUGCCGGAUAACAUAAGCACUACGUUCACAGACUAUACGGAGACUGAUGCAGGAUAACAGAACCACUACAUUCACAGAGAGUACAAACACUGAUGCAGGGUAACAGAACCACUACAUUCACAGACAGUACUAAUACUAAUGCAGGAUAAUGGAACCACUACAUUCACAGACAAUAUGGAGACUGAUGCAGGAUAACAGAACCACUACAUUUACAGACAGUACCAACACUGAUGCCAGAUAACAGAACCACACAUUCACAGACAGUACCAACACUGAUGCAGGGUAACAGAACCACUACAUUCACAGACAAUAUGGAGACUGAUGCCGGAUGACAUAACCACUACAUUCACAGACAGUACCAACACUGAUGCCGGAUAACAGAACCACACAUUCACAGACAGUACCAACAUUGAUGCAGGAUAACAGAACUACUACAUUCACAGACAGUACUAACACUGAUGCAGAAUAAUGGAACCACUACAUUCACAGACAGUACUAACACUGAUGCCGGAUGACAUAACCACUACAUUCACAGACAGUACUAACACUGAUGCAGGAUAACAUAACCACUACAUUCACAGACAGUACUAACACUGAUGCAGGAUAACAGAACCACUACAUUCACAAACAAUAUGGAGACUGAUGCAGGAUAAUGGAACCACUACAUUCACAGACAGUACCAACACUGAUGCAGGAUAACAUAACCACUAUAUUCACAGACAGUACCAACACUGAUUUAGGAUAACAGAAUGACUACAUUCACAGACAGUACCAACACUGAUGCAGGAUAACUGAACCACUACAUUCACAGACACUACCAACACUGAUGCAGGAUAACAGAACCAUUACAUUCACAGACAGUACUAACACUGAUGUAGGAUAACAGAACCACUACAUUCACAGACAGUACUAACAAGUACUGAAUCAGAAUCCUGAGAGCCGCCAGGGUGCUGAGUGAGGUGUUCUCUCCUUAGGCAUGCCCGCGGCCUCCCUGGUGACCCCAGCCGAUGUUAUCAAGACCAGGCUACAAGUGGCGGCCCGUGCCGGCCAGACCACGUACAGCGGCCUCGUUGACUGCUUCUGGAAGAUUCUGAAGGAGGAGGGACCACGGGCCUUCUGGAAAGGAGCGGGAGGUAUCACCACAUUUUUAUUAAUGUCUGAUGAUGAUGUGAUAUAAAUGGCAGAUUUAGUUUAUUUCCAGUUGAAAGUGUGGAAUUAUUUGUAUUAUUAUCUAAAAAAAAAGUUGACUGAUGAGGAGUGGUGUAGAUUACUUUCUAGGUCUUAUUUGACAGUGUUGUUGUUUUAAUAACCAUAUUCCACUACUAUGUCACAGUGUACCAUGGUCAUCUCUAGCUAAUUUGCAACUGUUUUUUUAACCCUUCAUAUGGCACAUUAUUUAGCCUGAAAUCCAGACCUGUUUUGUGCUAACAUUUCACUCCUUGUUUUGCAUGACAAGGCGUGGCAAGGAGUGGAAUGUUAGCACAAACAGACUGGUACCCAGGCUCCACAUAGUUUACACAGUAGUGUAAUAGUGAAAUAGUGUUAUUGAGAGUUGUGGUUUUUCACUGUAGCCCGAGUGUUCCGGUCCUCACCUCAGUUUGGGGUCACCCUGGUGACCUAUGAACUCCUGCAGAGGUGGUUCUACGUGGACUUCGGCGGACAGUAAGUCAGAACUCCUCCCUCUCCUCAUCUGAAUGACAUAAGCCUGGCCCGUAUUCAUAACGUGUCUCAGCAUAGGAGGGCUGAUCUAGGAUCCGGACCCCCCCUUGUCCAUAUAAUCUUAUUCAUUAUUAUUUAAAAGACCAAACUGAUCCUAUAUCAGCACUCUUACUCUGAGACACUUCAUGAAUAACGGUCCUGAUGUCUUGUCGGAUAUUAGACUAGAUUGCUCAGUCUUGCUGAGGAAAUUCAGACAAUCACACGAUAAGAUCAACAACAAAAAAAUCAAAAAACUUAAAUGUCAGAAUCGUCCAGUUGGGAAUGAUAGCUUCUACUGACUCUUGCUGUGUGACACAAAAUGAUGGUCAUUUCUAGCAGCUCUUUACUGCCAACCUUUCAACACAGGGAGAGAGAUGUGUAGUUACACAAAGAAUACAUUACCAUUUAAAACCAUGCAGAGGGUUAAAUGAAAAGCUUGGCUACCCAUUGUGUGGGUGCACUUCUUUGUCUCCAGAGGAACAAGAAGUGCCAUGAGACCAAAAUAAUUUCAGAGUAGAUCAGCUGACUAGCUUCACCCUUUACUUGGUUGUAUCCCAAAUGGCACCUUAUUCCUAUAGGGCUCUGGUCAAAAGUAGUGCACUAUAUAAAGAAUAGGUCGCCAUUUGGGACGCAGACCAUUACUUGGUGGGAUGGACGUGACAUUUCCUAAACUAAUGUAGGGCAGUCCUAAACUACAGAGCUCCAGAGCUGUGAUGUAGGGCAGUCCUAAACUACAGAGCUCCAGAGCUGUGAUGUAGGGCAGUCCUAAACUACAGAGCUCCAGAGCUGUGAUGUAGGGCAGUCCUAAACUACAGAGCUCCAGAGCUGUGAUGUAAGGGCAGUCCUAAACUACAGAGCUCCAGAGCUGUGAUGUAGGGCAGUCCUAAACUACAGAGCUCCAGAGCUGUGAUGUAAGGGCAGUCCUAAACUACAGAGCUCCAGAGCUGUGAUGGAGGGCAGUCCUAAACUACAGAGCUCCAGAGCUGUGAUGUAGGGCAGUCCUAAACUACAGAGCUCCAGAGCUGUGAUGUAGGGCAGUCCUAAACUACAGAGCUCCAGAGCUGUGAUGUAAGGGCAGUCCUAAACUACAGAGCUCCAGAGCUGUGAUGUAAGGGCAGUCCUAAACUACAGAGCUCCAGAGCUGUGAUGUAAGGGCAGUCCUAAACUACAGAGCUCCAGAGCUGUGAUGUAGGGCAGUCCUAAACUACAGAGCUCCAGAGCUGUGAUGUAAGGGCAGUCCUAAACUCCAGAGCUCCAGAGCUGUGAUGUAGGGCAGUCCUAAACUACAGAGCUCCAGAGCUGUGAUGUAGGGCAGUCCUAAACUACAGAGCUCCAGAGCUGUGAUGGAGGGCAGUCCUAAACUCCAGAGCUCCAGAGCUGUGAUGGAGGGCAGUCCUAAACUCCAGAGCUCCAGAGCUGUGAUGUAGGGCAGUCCUAAACUACAGAGCUCCAGAGCUGUGAUGUAGGGCAGUCCUAAACUACAGAGCUCCAGAGCUGUGAUGUAAGGGCAGUCCUAAACUCCAGAGCUCCAGAGCUGUGAUGUAAGGGCAGUCCUAAACUCCAGAGCUCCAGAGCUGUGAUGGAGGGCAGAGAGAAUCACUUUGACUUGUGCUCUUUCUCUUUCCAGCUUUUCGGGGUAGAAAUGAGCUCAUGUUCCUUGGCAGAGCAAACUGGUCACUCUUUAGAAUGCACUUCUCUAAUGUUCCAUUGACCAAUAAGAGACAGAGACAGGAGGGUAAGGGGGUGAGUUUUAGGAUAAGCGUCACCAAAAACAUUACAUUCACUAUUAUACUGUACAUGUAAUUGUAUUGACAGAAUUUAGUCAAUACUUUGGGGUUCUUUCUGUCCUAAAUAUUCUGAAAUAACAUGCAUACUGUAUGCAUAAUGUGGUCUUCACAGACUUUGCUCCAUUCUCAAAAAUGUUCAGAAAAACAUUCAGUUAAUACUCUACUGCUCGAUGGUGUGGUGUGGGUUUGAAAUGUGUUCCUUGUUGUCCGUAUUGGAAAGAUAUCACAGAAAGGAGUAUAUGAAACCAUUGUGGGAUAUUAAUUUAUUUCUGGUUCCAGUGCUCUGGGGAAAAAUAGCACUCUAAAAAAUAAAAAAUAUAUAAAUAAAUAGCUCUCUCGCCCAGUCUUAAUAUUCGAUUAAGAUGUUUAUUUUUUGUGGUGGACAAUGUUUAAUAUAAAAACUCUUAACUCUUCCCUCUCUCUCUCGCGGUCUCUUUUCCCUCCACUUUUGGUUUCUCUCUUUUCUGUCUCUCUCUUUCUCUCCUCCCUUGUUUCUCCUUCCCUCUCUCUUUCCCCCUCCCUCCACCUCCCGCUCUCCCCCUCUCUCUCCUCCAUCUCUCUAUCCUCCUUUCUCCUCACGCACCCCCCCUCCCUCCUCCUCCCUCUCUCUCCCCCCUCCCUCUCUCUCUCUCUCCCCCCUCCCUCCUCCCUCUCCCCUCUCCCCUCUCCUUCUCUCUCCACACCACAGAAAACCGUCUGGCUCGGAGCCGACUCCCAAGUCUCGGAUCAGCCUGCCGGCGCCCAGCCCCGACCACAUCGGAGGCUUCAGGUUGGCCGUGGCCACGUUCGCUGGCAUCGAAAGCAAAUUUGGACUCCACCUCCCAAGAUACAACGUGCACGUAACCCCCCCUGUCCAAGGAGGACCCCCCUUGAAUUGAACCUCCUCUGCCCACCCGUAGGGGGCAGAAUAGAGCACACGCGCAAUCGUUACACCCCCUCCCUCCCACCCCCGCCCCGUCGAGCACUUGGAAUAUUCCACCCGAAAGAGAGGCACAUUCUGACUAGUGUGAUGUGCCUCGCUAGGCUUUAAAGAAAAAUAGGUAUCUAUGUUUUAGUUGAUAUGAGACAUUAAUAAAAAAAACUAUUAAGAACUUCUUGAAACAACCUUUAUAUGUCAUGGUCUAAAAGCACAUCAGCUUGGUUUAGCUUCUGUUUUAGUCUCAUCUAGCUGUAAAGAUGACUUUUUGAGUCAGUCUUAUUGUGAAGAUCAAGGGCUCUAUUCAAUCUCUAUCGCUGAAGCUAGAAAUUUAAAAAUAAUUUCCUAUUGAGCCGACAUCUGCAGCAUUUACCGUGAAUGCAGUCUCCGCUGACGUGGGAGCAUUGCCAUUAAAUUUCAAUCACGCUGUAACACUGAAUUUGUGAUAGCUACAGUACUGACAUUGUGUGUCUAGAGUAGUGCCAUUCUAGUUGGUAUUUUAACACACUA